CGCGCCGUGAAGCUCGUAGUUGUUCCCUUACGCCUUUCGUUGGGAGCUCGACCUUCAUAUACGGCUCCGCCUCCGCUUCUUCACCCGUCUUCGAAUCCGUCCUCCAUGCGCUCUAUUCUAGCAUGACCCAAGCCCCCAAUUGACACAUUCUGGCCGCCCGUCCUCGUGUUCCGAUAAUCUCUGUUCCCUGUAACAUAUACUUUGCGCCACUGACGGAAUCCUUCCUCCCGCCUAACGUCGUUCGACACAUAUUUUUUGUUUUUUGCUUACUUCUGCUUACUUCUGCUUCUCACGCUCACGGCUGCCAUGACGACCAUAACCGAGGCCAGCAUGUCGACGAGCGUGGACGUGUCCAAGAAUUCGUUGAGCUUCUCUGCCCACGAUGCGCCCAAGACCGCUGCCGUCCUGAACGGCUCGACCAAGCCGCGCAGACCAGUCUCCGGACGGGCAUACAGCAGAUACAACCACUUGUUUGCGAUACACGCGACAUCGAAGCCUUCGCCGCUGACGAGACAGGAUCAGACCGAAACACCAAACUUCAAUGGCUUCCGGAACUUAAUGGCGUUGGUGCUUGGUAUUUAGAGCAUCUGUCCGGUCGUACCCGUGUGCGGUUCGUGAAUGCUGACGAAUGUGCUGCAGUGGUCUCGAAUUUACGCCUGAUGCUUGAGAAUUUUAGAAAGUAUGGCGUCCUCAUCUGCAUCCGCUGCCAUGACUACCGCCGCGAAGACGUCAUCUACGGCAGCAUGCUGUAUUUUUCGGUGCCCUGCCACCUCUUCAUUGCCUGGGUGAUAGAGCUUGUCGCCGCGAAGCAGGCUCAGGCCGCCGUCGCGCGCCGCAAGAAGUCCGACAGCGAGCUGUCGACGGCCGAAAAGCAGCGGCGGGAUUUCCAGCUAGCCUGGUACCUAAUCGCCGUCGCGCACGCCAUCAACGCGACGCUGAACCUAGCAAUUGCUUCUUUCGUCGUAUACUACAUCAUCCACCACCCAGGCAUAGGCACAAUCUGCGAGCUGCACGCCAUCAUCGUCUGGCUCAAGGUGUGCUCGUACGCGUUCACCAACAGGGACCUGCGGCACGCGUACCUGUAUCCGGACCCGUCCGCGGCACACUCGCUGCCAGAUCUGUACAAGUCGUGCCCGUACCCGCAGAACAUCACCCUUAAGAAUCUGAGCUACUUCUGGUGGGCUCCCACGUUGGUCUAUCAGCCCGUCUACCCGCGCACGGAGAAGAUCCGCUGGGACUUUAUCUUCAAGCGCGUCGCCGAGAUCAUUUCGCUCAGCAUAGUCAUCUGGCUUGCCAGCGCCCAGUACGCCGUACCGCUCCUGCAGAACAGCCUGGAGCAUAUCGCUGCCCUAGACGUCGUCUCGAUCCUGGAGCGCGUCAUGAAGCUAUCCACCAUCUCGCUCUUCUGCUGGCUGGCCGGCUUCUUCCUCGUCUUCCAGAGCGCGCUCAACGGCCUCGCCGAGCUCAUGCGCUUCGGCGACCGGGAAUUCUACGGCGACUGGUGGAACUCGGUCAGCAUCCGCACGUACUGGACCAGCUGGAACAAGCCCGUGUAUCACUUUAUGAAACGUCAUAUUUACAGCCCGCUUGUGGGCCGUGGGGUCCCGCCGAGGCUGGCGCAGAUAAUCGUGUUCGUCUUCUCCGGCGUGCUGCACGAGCUGCUGGUCGGCAUCCCCACGCACAAUCUGCUUUGGGUCGCUUUUGCUGGCAUGAUGUGGCAGAUUCCGCUGAUUUUUCUCACCGACCCGCUGAUGAAGGCGAAGAGCUACACCGCGAAGACGGUUGGCAACCUGACCUUCUGGAUCACCUUCUGUCUUGUCGGCCAGCCUUUGGCGGCGUUGCUGUACUUUUUUGCGUGGCAGGCUAAGUAUGGAAGCGUCAGCAAGAAAGCGAUGUACAAGUGAUGACGCCGGUCUAGCUUUGCGCUUUAUAAUGUAAUGACACGUCUAAUGCUUAAGGUCUUUCUAAUUGAUAGGUCAUUGCUACAAUCGCAACCUUGUCGCCUGUCAGAUUUUUCUUUUUCUGCGGCUCAUCCUUGAAAAUUCGUUGCUUUUCGCGGAAUACGUGACGAAAUAGAGAGGG